CAGACGCCUAUGCCGCCUGAGCUCUUCCCACACCCAGCCAUGGUCAACCCCACCGCGUUCUUUGACAUCACUGCCGACCACGACCAUGUCUCCUUAGAGCUGUUUGCACACAAAGUUCCAAAGACGGCAGGAAACUUUCAUGCUCUGAGCACUGGGGAGAGAGGAUUUGGUUACAAAGUUUCCUGCUUUUGCAGAAUUAUUCUGGGACUUACGUGCCAGGGUGGUGACGUCACAUGCCACACUGGCACAGGCACCAAGUCCAUCUAUGGGGAGAGAUUUGAUGAUGAGAAUUCCAUCCUGAACCACACAGGUCCUGGCAUCUUGUCUGUGGCAAAGGCCGGACCCAACACAAACGGUUCCCAGUUUUUCAUCUGCACAGCCAAGACCGAGUGGCAGGACGGCAAGCGUGUAGUCUUCAGCCAGGUGAAAGACGGCAUGGGUGCUGUGACAGCCGUGGAGUGCUAUGGGUCCGGGAACGGCAAGACCAGCGAGAAGAUCACCAUCACUGACUGUGGACAACUCUAAUACAUUUGACUUGUGUUUUAUUUUAACCACCAGACCAUUCCUUCUGUGGCUCAGGAGAGCCCCCCUUCACCCCCAACUGCUUGGAAUGUUGUAUAAUCUUCAUGUGCUCACUGCAGUUCAUUGGGUUCUAUAUUUUCCUUACCCCUUCCAAGUCUAGCUGGAUUGCAGAGCUAAGUUUAUGACUGUGAAAUGAAAACUAAACAACA